AUGGAUACUAUACCUGCAAAGAGAAAGAGAUUAAUCAAGAGCGAUUCAGACAUUGAACAUGAAGAAGGAGAGCAGGGCGAGUUGUUGUCCAGCCAGCUCUCUGCUUCAGAUCGCAAGGUGUCGUUUGCUGCUCCCACUAGCAAAGAAUCUGCGCCAUUUAAGGAACCUACACCGGUAUCCACCACACCAGCUCCCACUCCACAGCCUACAUUAAAUGAUACAAACACUAAGAAAAAGACGCCCCGGCUUGUCAUGAAGAAGAUGGUGUUGAACAACUUCAAAUCUUAUGCUGGGAGACAAGUGAUUGGACCUUUCCACAAGUCAUUCAGUGCCAUUGUUGGACCCAAUGGAUCAGGCAAAUCCAACGUCAUUGAUGCUCUAUUAUUUGUGUUUGGUUAUCGAGCCAACAAGAUGAGACAGGGCAAGUUGUCAGAACUUAUUCAUAAUUCAGCAAAGCAUCCCGACUGCAAACAGUGCUCAGUAGAAAUCCACUUUCAAGAAAUCAUUGAUGGCGAUACACCAAAGGACUUUACAGUCGUACCCAACUCCACACUGGUCGUCGCUCGUCAAGCAAGUCGAAACAACUCGAGCAAAUACGCCAUCAACAACAAAACAAGCAGCUUCACAGAAGUAACGACGCUUUUAAAGGCAAGAGGCAUUGAUUUGGAUCACAAGCGAUUCUUGAUUUUGCAGGGCGAAGUAGAGUCGAUUGCAUUGAUGAAGGCAAAGGCAAAAGAUGGAUCAGACGACGGUUUACUGGAAUACUUGGAGGACAUCAUUGGCACAUCGAAGUACAAAGAUCCCAUUGAACAGGCCAACGCCAAAUUAGAAGUACUGAACGAAGAAAGAGCCGAGAAAUUGAGCAGAGUGAAAUACGUGAGUCGUGAAAUGGACGGCAUGGAAGACAAGAAAGCAGAGGCAGAAAACUACUUGCAGAACGAAAAUGAACUGGUGAAAAAGAAAAAUGAGCUGUAUCAAAUCUACUCCAGUGAAGCCAACGAGAACAUUGGUGUUGCAAAUCAAGCCAUUGAAGAGUUAAACACCAAACUGACUGAAGAGCACAAGAAAUUCGAGUCGAUUGAAAAGGAGAAAUCUGACAUGAACGCUGCUUAUCAAGACACGGUGCAGGAAUACAAAUCGAUUGAAGCUGAGAACCACAAUUUAAUCAAAAAGCAAGCCAAAUACGAAAAGGAGCAAGUUGAAGUACGUGAGCGCAAAAACCAUCUUAUCAAAAAGCAAGACAAGGGCAAGGCUACCUUGGAAGCAGAUCGCAAAGCUCGCAUCGAGACUCAGCAAUCCAUUGAAAAGAACGCAGAAGAAUUGGAACAGCACAGGCAGGAAUUAGUCAAAGUAGAGCAGCAACUCAAAGAGGAAGAACAGAAACUAGAUACCAUUAAUAGAGAGCUCAAGGGCAAAACAGACGGCUACAUGGCUGAAAUCAAUGAGCACAAGCAAAAACUAGCGCCUUGGACUGAGAAAAUCAAUGAAAAGCAAAAGGCAAUCGAUGUCAAAAAGUCAGAGAGCGAGAUUUUAGCUGAAAAGAUCGCAUCUGGUGAAAAGGCAGUGGAAAGUGCUCAACUGCAAGUGGCAAAACUGAAAGAAUCCAUCAAGAACAAGCAGAAGGAAGCGAGGAAUCUGCCCAACGAGAUCAAGGAAGCCAAGACUGAGCUGAGGGAACUGGAGUUGUAUUUGCAGGAUUUGAACAAGAAGGAAGCAGAUAAGCGUAUUGAGAUGAACAAUGCCAGACAAAAGGCAGAUGAAGCCAGAGCCUCUAUGCAGCAAUCGCAAAGCAGAGGAAAAGUGCUGGAUAGUAUUCUGCGCAUGCGCGAUACUGGCAGAGUUGAGGGUAUUUACGAUCGAUUGGGUAGCCUCGGUGUCAUUGAUGAUCGCUAUGAUGUGGCUAUUUCAACAGCUUGUCCUGCGCUAGAUAAUAUCGUCGUGGAGACGGUGGAAGCGGGCCAAGCAUGCAUCGAGUACCUUAGAAAGAACAACUUGGGUCGUGCUGUUUUCACUGUGUUGGAUCAACUUCGCCAUCAAAACAUGAAGGAAGUUAACACGCCAGAGAACGUGCCUCGUUUGUUUGAUUUGGUGGAGCCCAAGGACGAACGAUUUAGAGCUGCUUUCUACAGUGUGCUGCAAGAUACUUUGGUGGCCGAGAACAUGCAACAAGCCAACCGAAUUGCCUAUGGGCACAAACGUUGGAGAGUAGUAACAAUGGAUGGUAAACUUAUUGAAAAGUCGGGUGCCAUGACAGGUGGCGGUAAUCGUCAAUUGCGUGGUGCUAUGAGUUCCGUGUUCAAGGAUGAUGGUGUCAGUGCAGAUGUGGUCAUGGAGCUCGAGAGAGAGCGUGAUAGCGUUGAGAGAGAUUACCGUAUUGCUGCAGAUGAGAAGCGUGCCAGUGAGAAUGCCCUCAGAAGAAAGCACGAGUACUUGCCCAAGCUUGAAAUGAACCACGAGAAGAUCCAAAUGGACAUUAGUAGUUUGGAGAGCCAGCUCGAGGAUGAGGAACAGCGUUUAGUAGAAUUGAGAGAUCAAGUCGCUCCUAGUCCUGCUGAUGUGCAGCAGCAAGAAGAGAUUGAAAAUGAAAUUGUGCAACUGCAAGAGGACCUAGUUGAACUCAAGGAAAAGACGGUGGAGAUAGACAAAGCCAUUGCAGCUCUUCAGAACGAUAUUAUGGAAGCUGGCGGUACGGACCUUCGAAUGCAAACCAUCUGUAUCAAUGAUAUGCGCAAGAAAAUUGACAGCUUGAACAACAAAAUUACCAAGAACAUGGUAGCCAAAACCAAGGCAGAAAAAGACGUGUCUAAACUGGAGGCUUCCAUUGUUAAAUUCGAGCGUGAAAGUGAGCGAUUUGAGCAUGAUUUGAAGGAAUUGGAUGAUGAAUUGGAGUCAUGUGCUCAAAUGUUAGAAGAAAUCAACGAGCAAGUCAAGCAGGCAACAGAGGCCAUGGACGAAAAGAAGCUUGAGAUGGAACGCGUCAAGAAGGAAUUAGACGACAAACACGACGCCAUCAACAAGCUUCGUCAAUCUGAAGUUGAGAUCAAGAGCAAAUUAGAAGACUAUAAACGUACUUUGCUCGAUAACCGAAAGAAGGCAGAUCAUUGGGAAGGGCAACGCGACAAAUUGGAGUUACAGCGCAUUGACGAGGAGCCUGAUGAGGAUUUGAAGCUGGAAAUAUUCCAUGGAGAGCAUUUGGAGGAAUUGAUUCAAUCAAAGCAAGCGAUCAAGAUGGAAAUUGCAGAGAUUGAAACAUUUGUACAAAAUGCCAAGCCCAACCUGUCUGUGCUUGAUGAAUACCGUCGUCGUAGAGGUGAAUACAAUGAGCGAAAGGCUGAUUUGGACUCGGUGACAGCCAAGCGAGAUGAAGUCAAGGCAGAAGUAGAGACACUGCGCAAAAAGCGUCUGGACGAGUUUAUGAGUGGCUUUAAUGUGAUUUCUCAAAAGUUGAAAGAAAUGUAUCAGAUGAUUACAAUGGGUGGUAAUGCCGAACUGGAGCUUGUGGACAGUCUAGAUCCAUUCUCAGAGGGUAUCGUGUUUAGUGUGAUGCCUCCCAAGAAGAGUUGGAAGAACAUUUCCAAUUUGUCUGGUGGUGAGAAGACCCUCAGUUCUUUAGCACUGGUAUUCGCCUUGCACCAUUUCAAACCAACACCACUGUAUGUCAUGGAUGAAAUUGACGCCGCGUUGGAUUUCCGUAACGUCUCUAUUGUCGCCAACUAUAUUGCAGACCGUACCAAGGACGCGCAGUUUGUCAUUAUCAGUUUGAGAAACAACAUGUUUGAACUAGCAGAUCGUCUUGUUGGUAUCUACAAGACUAGUCAUUGCACAAAGAGUAUCGCCAUCAAUCCCGACAUGAUUGCUAGCUUGACAUCUAUACCAACCAUUGCAAAUUCAAGCUCUUCAUCAUCAAAAAGAGUAUCGACACCACAAACACCAUUACCGACAACGACAAGCUCUCAAUUGGCCCAGAGUGCUUCUCCUUUAUCGUCUUCUGCUACCGAACAGAAUCAAGAAAAAAAGGAUAACGUGAAUCAACCACCCUCGCCUCAAGUAUCUUCUGCUUAA